GUGGCUGACGCUUUAAUGAAGGCUGGAUUCGAGCCUAAUUAUUAUUAUUAUUAUUGGCUCUACUCAAUUCCUUUUAUAUUCAAAAAUUUAAAAUGAACAAAAUUUUAAGCGAUGUCACGUGACCUUACGGGCCCCUUCGCUCCCCAUCAUCUACGGCUACUGCUUCCGUCUCACACAGUCACCCACCAUGGCGCGACGUGAUUACGAGAGACAAUGGCGAGCGCAACUCAAGGCGGCAAUCGUGGUGCAGUCAGAGCAGCUGGAAGAUUCCUUUCGCAAUAGUCUCUCGGCGCAAGACUUGGAGGAUGCACUCACAUUCGAGGGAACUCUUGCUGCGCCUAAUGGUGACAUGGACUUUGUAGAUGAACUGGUCUCGGAACUUGCGCGCUCAUACUCUUUUCGAUAUAUCUCCAGGCCCCUUAUGUACGCUCGCAACAACCAUAGUGUAAUUGAGCGUUUGGAAGGGUUCAACAACAGGAAGUGCCUGGCCUUCAUGAGGAUGAAGAGCUCCAGUUUUUUGAAACUCUUACGACUUGUCUUCAACCACAACAUUUUUAAGAGCGGUGGGUACAAGGAGCAGGAGGAGGUGGCAGUACAACUGGCAAUUGUUCUGGACCGACUGGGGCACAAUGGAAACGGCAUGGCAGCAACCCGUCUUGCAGAAACGUGGCACAAGAGUGAAGGAUCUUGCACCAAUUACACAAACCGAGUUUUAAUUGCAAUUCUGUCUUUGCAAGAGCGUUUUUUGCACUGACCCACUCCAGAGCAGCGGCAGGCACACUCGGCAAGAGUAGCACAUAAGGGGUUUUCUGGUUGCGUGGGGUUUGUAGACGGGACCACAGUUCCCUUUGAGCAGCACCCUUCGCAUCAGGGUGACUUUUACUUUGAUCGAUACGGCCGAUACUCUCUCAACCUGCAGGUAAUCUGUGAUAUUGAUCGAAGGAUACUCUUCCUCUUUUCUGGAUACUCAGGUAAGAUGCAACAGGAUUACCACUCGGUUACCAAGCUGCACGGUUACGACACACAGAGCCAGGAUGGGAGCCCGGCAUCAUGACAACACCACUACGACACUGUACAAUAGGCCCCAGACAUGUAUAUAUAGACCCUACUUACGAUCAUU